AUGUCUUCCAAAACGUCUCCAUCGGAGACUCUGGGCAGUAGUCCCUCGGGCCAGACCCCCGGAUCCACCCCCACUGGCAACGGUUCAACCCCUCCGAAUAGCGACGUCGAACUCACCAGUAUGCGGCCGGAUGCGCACAAGCCUUCAAUCCCCCUGGGGGAAGAUAUCAUGCAGCUGGCUCGGAUUGGAGAGAUUGGCGCCAUGCAGAAUCUGUUUGCGACCAAGAAACUGACCGCCAAUCACCAUGAUGCAGAGGGCAUUACACCGCUACACUGGGCGGCGAUCAACAACCAGUAUGCGAUGUGCAAGUUCCUCAUGGACUCCGGCGCCGAUGUGAAUGCCAAGGGUGGAGAAUCAGUGGCCACACCCGCCAUGUGGGCAGCGCAGCGGUGUCAUUACUAUAUUGUCAACCUCCUGCUUUCAUAUGGCGCGGAUCCGCUCUUGACCGACGUGCAAGGCUAUAACAUACUCCAUCUCGCGACUAUUGACGGCAAUGCUUUCCUUGUCGUGCUUCUCCUCCACCAAGAGAUUCCUGUCGAUGUGAUUGACCAACAAGGCCACACAGGGCUGAUGUGGGCGGCAUAUAAGGGGUAUCCAGCCUGUGUGGAUCUGUUCCUGCGAUGGGGUGCCAAUGCCAACGCAGUAGAUGAAGGCGGGUUGACCCCGCUUCACUGGGCGUUAGUGAAGGGCUCGUUACCAUGUGUGUUGAAACUUUUGGAAUAUGGCGCGGAUCGUUUUGCCAAGACCAGAGAUGGCAAGUCACCUAUGACGGUAGCGCAAGAAAUGAAUACGCUACGGAUCUGGAACCGCGCCCUGGCCGAGCGCGGGUAUGAACCAGAUGGCACCCAGAAGCCGGUCCCAAUGGGCCUAGCCACUUUCGUCCGCAACAAGAGCCUCAUGGCCAAGUUCUUUUUCCUUUGGCCAUUUUUGACUCUUCUUAUUGGCAUCUGGAUGUUGAGCAACCUGCCAAUUCUCCUUGGUUUGCCGCUUACCUUAGUCACUCUAUUUGGCAUGCAAUGGACUGCGCAACAAAUCGCAAACCGUGGACCGUCGGAGUAUCGGGUCUUGCAAAAGACGCCAUAUCUGGCAGGUGUCUUUGCUGCAACUCUAUUCUGGGUGGGAUUCCGUUAUGCUCUUCAAAUUUUACCUGCAACUUACUAUUCGCAUCCAAUCCUGAAUAUCUUUUUUGCGGUUUUCUACUCUCUAACGGCCUUCUUCUAUGUUAUGGCCAUGAUUGGAGAUCCAGGAUAUGUCCCGAAGAUCAGCAGCCGGAACCAGCAGAGAGAGAUGGUCAAGCAGCUUUUCGAACUGUGGAAGUUUGACGAAGAGAACUUUUGUGUUCCUUGUAUGUCAAGGAAGCCACUUCGGAGCAAGCAUUGUCGACGAUGCGGCCGUUGUGUUGCCAAGCAUGACCACCACUGCCCAUGGAUUGACAACUGUGUUGGCGCAAAUAACCUACGCCAUUUUGUGCUAUACAUUGUCUGUCUCGAAAUUGGAAUUAUCCUGUUCGUACAGCUCACCAUUGGUUAUAUUACCGAUUUGCCCUCCCCUGCAGGCGCCAAGUGCAGCAUAAUUAAUGACACACUAUGCGAUUAUGUAUCUCGAGACACAUUUACCAUGGUUCUCAGUAUCUGGACCAUUCUUCAGUUGGUGUGGGUAACGAUGCUGUGCGCUGUGCAGCUGGUUCAAGUCUCGCGAAACCAGACGACAUAUGAGAACAUGAGAGGCCAUUCGAUUGAUCGGUCCCUUCCCAGUUCCCAGGCCUUUGCCUCGGCCAUGACCGCCGGGACAACGUCGAUGGAAGCGGCCGGUCUCUCUGCCACUGGACAGGGUCCGAACCCGGCGUUGGCACACUCCCAUGCAUCUCGACGAAAGACUGGCUGUAUCACCCAAUGGUCAGCUCUACUAGGGAUUGAUACCUUCUUUGCCACGGCCAAGGAUGGUCUCCGAGAUGGACCACACGCGGGCCGGUCUCGAAAUCCUUUCUCUCGUGGGGUGACCACCAACUGCCGUGACUUUUGGUGUGACCCGGCUCCGAUCUUUGGAAAGCGAGAGACCGGUGCAGCGAUGCUGGGAGGUGAAGUAGUCAACUAUCAUGACAUGUACGAAACCCCCCUUCGCAUGCAUGCCGGUGGUAGGUCCGGUGAAGGCUACCGCAGUGUGGCAGACGAAGACCCCGAGCGCAUGGUUUAG